GAGCUUUUCCACUUCGAUCCCGUAGAGACAAACUUGAGGAAUAUUUGAAGGUGAAGAAGAUGGAUCUCCCAUAAAUGCUGAAAUACUUCAAUCCGCACAGAAGUGGCGUCUUUUGUAAAUAGUGUGAUCAGCAGUUACAGGUGCGAUGUCAUAACCAGUGUGUGAGAGUGAGAGAGAGACUGAGGCAUCAUGGACUCCUGGAUCUUCCCAUCAUCCCCUCCGAACCUGUCCGACCACCUCAUGUAUGACAGCUUCAUGCAGGUUAAUGAGUCUGACCUCAAUGGGAACUACACAGACCACAGCUUCAACAGAAUCAGUACGGUGGUCAUCACCUGCAUGUACUUCCUGGUUUGCACUGUGGGGCUCUGUGGAAACGCCCUCGUCAUCUAUGUCAUCCUGCGCUACGCCAAGAUGAAGACAGUCACCAACAUCUACAUCCUCAACCUGGCAGUGGCUGAUGUGCUCUUCAUGCUAGGCCUACCAUUCAUCGCCAUCCAGCUGGCGCUGGUCCACUGGCCCUUCGGUCCCGUUCUCUGCAGGGUGGUGAUGACGGUGGACUCCCUGAACCAGUUCACUUCCAUCUUCUGCCUGAUGGUCAUGAGCAUCGACCGCUACCUGGCUGUGGUGCAUCCGAUUAAGUCCACAAAGUGGCGCAAGCCCCGCAUGGCCAAGACUAUCAACUUAGCAGUGUGGGGAGUGUCGCUGAUGGUUAACCUGCCCAUCGUUAUCUACAGCGGCAUCAUCACGAAGCACGAUGGCUGCUUCUGCACCAUCGUGUGGCCUGAGCCCCAAGAGGCCUACUACACAGCGUUCAUGUUCUACACCUUUAUCCUGGGCUUCUUCCUGCCCCUCAUGGUCAUCUGCCUUUGCUACUUGUUCAUCAUCAUCAAGGUGAAGUCCUCAGGCAUCCGCGUGGGCUCGUCCAAGAGGAAGCGCUCAGAGAGGAAGGUGACUCGGAUGGUGUCCAUCGUGGUGGCGGUGUUUGUAUUCUGCUGGCUGCCUUUUUACAUCUUCAAUGUCACCUCAGUAACGGGCACCAUCAGCACCACUCCCAUCCUGAGGAGCACUUUUGCUUUUGUGGUGGUACUGGGAUACGCCAACAGCUGCGCCAACCCCAUCCUCUACGCUUUCCUGUCAGAGAACUUCAAGAAGAGUUUCCAGAACGUUCUCUGUCUUAAGAAGGUGGGGGGGCUGGAUGAGGUUGAGCGCAGCGAUAGCCGGCAUGAUAAAUCUCGUAUGAUGAACGACCCGACGGAGACCCAAAGUACUCUGCUGAACGGGGACCUGCAGACCAGCAUUUGAGAGGAAGGUGAUUGGACUCGCACGCAUGCACGUACACACACACACACACAGCCAUCUCUCUCAAACUGGAAACAGUCACGAAUUAUGAAUCUCUCCGAGGUGACAUCAGAGGGGAGAUUAUUAAAUAUUAACAAGGAGUUCAGAGAGGAACAUGCCACUUAUUAAGGAGGUCAAAGCACCGACAGAGAUAAAAAAUUAAAAAGAUGUUGAACUGGACUUUCUCCCUCUGCCUUUGGCACAUCAUUGGGUCUCCUUGGCUGUACACAAAUCCAUUAUAACAUAAUCACAAGUUCAUACAAAUGUUUGCUCUGUGCUGUAAAUGAAAUGAAAAUGAAAUCUGUUUGACUGUUUGUCUUCAGUGUAUUGACUUUGGAGUAAGGUAGAAUGGACACUAACACCCACUUGCAAAUGGUCUCCUGGGUGAAAUGAAUUUUCCCUGGAGACCCCAGGAUUAGUUUACAGCAGAGGGCCUGUUGCCGAGUCUCAAUUGCUUUGUGUUGCGUAAAAAUAACAACGUAACAGUGUGCUCAUAUGCUUUUGUUUAUAUCUCAUCUGCAGGUCAUUUUCUCCGGAGUGUGGUGCGACUGUAAAUAACUGUGCAGAGAAUGGGCAAAGAGACUGUGCACAAAGUCAGAGGAUUUUAUAUUGAGUGUCAUUUAGUUUUCAAACUCUUGUAAAUAAGUAAUGAUGUUUUUUAGACACAGAGCAUAAUGAAUGUCAGUGCCAUUGAUUCUUAUAUUCUGUUUUUUCAUUUGUGUGCACAGUUUGAUUUGUCAUACAGACGUAUCAAAUGGAAAUGUGAAUAGCAAUGUUCAUUCAGUGGUUGAAUAUCUAGUUCUGUGUCAUUUUUUUUCUCCCCCUAUUUCAUUAUAGCUAUGUGCAUAAUUCAUAUUAUGUCAAUGGCUUGGUCAAUAUACCAAGCAAGCCUCUAACCAAAGUGCUGCUAAGAUGUAUAGAAACUCUUCUACAAUAUUGUAUAGUAUUACAUAAAAUAAUGUCACUGUAUGCCUGUUUCUGCUGGACUAGGUUACUGUUAGGAAUUACUGUUCUUUAAUCAUGGUUCAUUUACCAUUAUUUAUGUAUAUCAAGUAAUAAUGUUUCUGUAAGUGUUUUUAUCAAAAACACCAGGCUGCAGGAUUAUAAAUUAUUCAGUGUAAAUGCUGAGCAGUGGCUCAGCUUCAUGUUUUUAUGUCAUCUGAGAGAAAUCAACCACCUCAGAUAAGAUUUCAUGAAUGAUUGUUUUACUCCCAUUUCCUGUUCACCAAUCUCCCCUGGGGUUCCAGUGUGUGCCAGAGGUCAGCCAGUGACAGAUGCACAGCUGUGUUUGGGUACAGUUAGUAGAAGAUCCUAGAAUUAGUAAAGCACAGACAGACAGUGUUUAACUUAAGUUGGUUUUAAACUCAUUUUCUUUGAAACAAAUGUUCAGUUUGGUAUUGUUUCGCUGUACUGUAUUACAGGACACACUGUGUGGUAAGUGUCUUUUUGACUUUUUGGUUAUAGGUUUAGGGUUGUAUUAUAUGAGGGACUUCCCACAGAGAGCUUCUCAUAAACACUUUGCUGACAUUGACCCAUCCUCCUCUUCUAAUCUGUGGCAUUUAGGAAGCCACGUUUUGAGGGUGGUGUCUAAGAGACGUGAAUUUGUGAAGGGCUAGAACACUUAUCCUCAAAAGGCUCUGGUGUUCCUUUAUCAUCAUCAUCAUCAUCAUCAUCAUUACUGUGCUCCUGAGUCCACUCUUCAUCCUGCGGCUCCCUGUGUGUUCCUGUAAUCAGAUUAUUAUGUGUAUGAGUUAUUAAACCUUUACUCUACAUGUGCAGGGUCCCCCUUACACAACAAAGCCAGUGACAGAUUAUGAUUAAUGUGCAAAGUGUGUGUGUGUGUGCGUGCGUGUGUGACAGAGAGAGAGAGAGAUAUCCAGGUAUUACUCAUGUUGUGGGGACCUAAAUCUGUUUGCAGUCACAUUAUGGGGACUUGUGUGUCUGUUUGUUUUACAUUCAUUUCAACAUCCCAGCUUGCUUCUCUAGCAAAAGUGUAAGGUAAAAUGUGUGUUUGUAUACAUGUCUAAUAUAACUUUGAUAUUAGAAUAUAUAUGCAUAUAUAUUCAACAUACCCGAACCGCUCUUAGCAUGUUGGUUUAAAUAUGUGCAUGUAAUUUCUUCAUGUGUGAGUCAUGUAUGACAGAGAAGUGCACACACACACAUUCCCCACAGCCAUGAUUAACCAAAUACCAUAUCCAGUUUCUGUCUCUGCAGUACUGUUGAAUUUGACCUGUAACAUCUUAUUACUACCGAAACACAUGACACACCUUUAGUGUCUUGUAUUUCCAUAGCAACAGUGAUUUAGAGUGUUGGUCCCAUGGUUAAAUUCAUUAGCAUAAUAAUAAUAAUAAUAGAGAGAGGACUCUGGACAUUAAUUAUGAAUGUAGACAUGAAGAAAAAAACAAAUAAUAAAGCCUGCAUCAAGACCACGACCCAGCAGUCACAUUAAAGCAGUAUAAAGUGUAUAGUUUGUGUUAGUGUGCAGUAGAAAAUGUAAGACAGCGCAAACCAGACAUCUUGCUUGAUGUGUCAUAGUAGCAGAUGUUACAAAAAACAGGAUGAUGUCAUUGUUUACUGUUAGUUAAUGCAGACUGGACAUGCAGAAGUUGUACAGUAUCGUCCAGCUGUGUUAGAGAUGUUGUAAGUAAUUUUAAUUCUGGCAAAAACUUCUCGUACAACACUGCUCCUGAUUUAUUUCUCAGCUUUUUUAAAUAGCUGGAUAUGGAAGAUUUUCUACUUGGUAUUGGUGCAGUGUGGUUUUUGUUAUGAGUUUCUGUUAAAAGGCAAAAUUUUACAACGUUUGUUAAAACUUUUACCGUUUCUGUGCAUUAUGCAUGUUCUUCCAGUUUCUGUUCUGUUACAUAACACUGAAACACCAUGUUUGAUGGAGCAAAGAUCUUGUGUAGUUGUCUUGAAACUAAAUAAAGAAUAAGAAGCA